AUGCUGCUCUCCAUCCCAUUGCUGGCCGCGACCGUUGCGGCACAGGCUGAGAACCUGUACACUGCGACGGCGGCAGCGUCAGUUGCUGCUGCUCGUGCGACAGCCAAGACAUCAAGUCCAACUAGCAAUGUGAAGGGUAAAGCAUUCGAUCGGUUUGUUGUGAUCUGGCUGGAGAACACUGACUAUGACAUGGCUGCUGGUGAUGAAAAUUUGGCAUGGUUAGCGACGAAAGGUAUCAAACUAGACGGAUACCAUGCUGUCACUCAUCCAAGUGAGCCCAACUAUAUCGCAGCUAUUGGUGGUGACUACUUCGGUAUGCAAAAUGACAACUUCAACCAAGUUGAUGCCAACGUCUCCACCAUUGUUGAUCUGCUUGAGGACAAGGGCAUCACGUGGGGUGAGUACCAAGAGGACAUGCCAUACACUGGGUUUGAGGGUAUGGCAUGGGUCAACCAGGAGACUGGGGCCAACGACUAUGUUCGCAAACACAACCCGGCAGUCAUCUACAACAACAAUGCCAAGAACACCGAACGCCUCUCUUUGAUAAAGAACCUCACCCAGUUCUACGUGGACCUCGAGAACGAUGCACUUCCGCAGUGGAUGUUUAUCACCCCCAACAUGACUAGCGAUGGUCAUGAUACCGAUGUCACCACUGCUGGCAUCUGGUCUCGUACCUUCUUGGAGCCUCUGUUGGAUGAUGAGAAGUUCAUGAAGAACACCCUUGUUCUCGUUACCUUUGAUGAGAAUGAGACCUACACCAUCCAGAACAAGAUCUUUGGUAUCUUACUAGGUGAUGCUGUGCCGGCUGAGCUUGUUGGUACUAGUGACGAGAACUACUACAACCACUACAGUGAGAUCUCCACAGUCUCAGCCAACUGGGAUCUCCACACUCUCGGCCGAUUCGACGUUGGUGCCAACGUCUUCAAGCUGGUCGCCGAUAAGACUGGCGACUCGGUUCGGGAGUGGCAUGGUGAGAUUGAGCUUGAGAACAGAUACUUCAACUACUCCUAUGCUGGACACUUCAACACCCAUGGAGGAAACACCAGAUACCCCGGUCCUAACUUGGGCAGUUGUAGCAAGCCGCACAACCGAACUAUCUUGCCCAGCAUCCAGCAGACUUGGCAGGGCAACCCAGCUCCCGUCUACUAUGACUUCAAGUUGGAGAUUCCCGAUGGGUUGAAUCCUCCUGCCGGCUACGCGCCCGUCAGCUAG